AUGUCUGAACAAGUAACCAUCUCACCCAUCGAUAACAAACCUUUUGUUGCCGUGCCAUUGGCCACUAGCGAACAAGUCGAAGAUAUAAUAGAACGUUCAAAGAAAGCUUUUCUGUCAUGGAAGAGGGUUCCUGUCAGAGAACGCGCAACAAUCGUUUCAAAAUUCGUGGACGCGUUUGUUGCCAAGAAAGCGGAGAUCGCAAAAGAGUUGACAAUGCAGAUGGGCAGGCCCAUUAGGUAUACCGAGGGUGAAAUUAACGGUACAGCUGAGAGAGCCAAGUACAUGGUGUCUAUCGCAGAAGAGAGUCUCAAGGAUGUGGAAAUCGAGGAUUCCAGUAAACCAGGUUUUCGGAGAUUUAUUCGAAAAGAGCCAUUAGGUCCAGUUCUCAUCAUCGCAGCUUGGAAUUAUCCUUAUCUAAUCUCCGUUAACGGCGUG